AUGUCCGACGGAGCCAGCAAUAACGAACGUCUUCUGGCUGCAGCGCGAGAGGACAAUGAGGAGCUGCUACUGGAGGUGUUCGACAAGGGUAACUUCGAUGUUAAUUGCAAGGAUGGUCUAGGAAACACUCCUUCUCGAGGCAAUCUCACUGUCCUCGAGCACAUCCUUUCACACGAAGAGUGCGAUGUCGAUCCGAUCAACCGCAUAGAGCGUGCGACGCCGCUGCAUCUCGCACUUCGCCUGGAGGACGCUGAAGUGCGAAAGAGCGUCGCGGAGAGCUUGCUAGAGGCGGGAGCGGAUAUCACGAUCAAAGAUAAGAACGGGGAAACAGCGUUCGAUCUGUUGCGACCGGAGGACGAGGAGAUUCGAGUGCUGAUGCGCAAGGCGAAGGCGCAGACGAGCAUCUCCAACAAUGACAUCGCUGAAGACGACGAUGACGAGCCUGGCUCUGACUCCGGCUCAGAAUCUGAUUGAUCAAUGGACAGGUUUUUGCUGGAUUGAUAGACUCACAUGGGAUUGACUUAUAAAGCGGAUAAGGGAAGUAGACCUACAUGUACAUUUUGAAGUUGGAAUUGCAUGG